AGAGAGACGUGCCAGGUUGCAAGAGCUCAACCACUGCUCUGUCCAGUUAGCAGGGGCUUCCACUAACUCUGUCUGCUAGAGAUGUACUAACCAGCGUUUCAGCCAUAAUAAACACAUUGACCCAAGUGCUGCAACUUUCGCUAAACUUAAUUGUACUUUAAUACUGUUUGUCUCCUGGAGAGGAAAAGUUGUUGCAGAUUCACUGUCUGACUGACUUUAAUGGUUGGAUUAGUGUUUUUCGUCAGUUUCUCGGCGCUGUGCGGAAAGUACAGUGAAAUAUCUGAUUUGGAAUCUUUUUUUCUACUAUUAUUUUAAAUUCCUUCUUUGCUGUUGAACGCACUCGACUCGUGAUGGUCCUCCUGUCACUGAGCUUACUUGUAGUAGGAGUUGUAGUGAGUCUGACUUCAGCCGACCUGGCUGGCGAAGUAGAUACGGAAGAGUUCCUCAAGAGCAGGCUGAGGGAGUACGGUCUAAUCACCCCCAUCAGCACCGACUCGGAGGGGCACUAUCUGUCGCACCUGCUCUCGGCCAACCACAAGCAGCGGGUAAAGCGGGACGCCUCGCUGAGCCUGGAGCAGAGCGAGAAACUCUUCUUCAACAUCACCGCCUUCGGCAAGGAGUUCCACCUGCGGCUGCACCCCAACCGGUGGCUGGUGGCCCCGGGGGCCAUGGUUGAGUGGCACGAUGAGGUAGAGGCGUUCGUGGAGGACAACGGCAACUCGACGGAAAGCGGGAACCGCUCCAGCAUUCGCACGGACAGGAUACUGAAUCGAGAGCUCCUCAAAACAGACUGCACCUUCGUUGGCGACAUCACGGACGUGCCUGGAGCUUCCGUUGCCAUUAACAACUGCGAUGGGCUGGCAGGCAUGAUUCGCACCAGUUCGGAUGAAUACUUCAUUGAGCCGCUGGAGAGGGGCGCGCAGGAGCACGAAGAGAAGGGGAGGGUGCACGUGGUCUACAGGAGGUCCGCCGUACGCCAGGCCCCUUCCGACAUAUCCGUGGACUACCAGCUCCACGAGCCUGAGUUAAAUGUCCCACGCGCGCUGGACAGCGUUGCUGAGCGGGUCAACCAGACAGUCCGGAGACGGCGACACGCCGGCGACGAUGACUACAACAUCGAGGUGCUGCUGGGGGUGGACGAUUCGGUCGUGCGUUUCCAUGGCAAAGAGCAUGUAAUGAACUAUUUGCUCACCCUCAUGAAUAUAGUGAAUGAAAUCUACCAUGAUGAGUCACUGGGUAUUCACAUCAACGUGGUCCUGGUGAGAAUGAUCAUGCUGGGCUACUCAAAGUCCAUUAGCCUCAUCGAGAGAGGCAACCCGUCACGCAGCCUGGAGAAUGUCUGCCGCUGGGCCCACGUGCAACAGAAGGACAACACGGAACAUUCCGAGCACCAUGACCACGCCAUCUUCCUCACCCGCCAAGGCUUCGGACCCACCGGCAUGCAAGGGUACGCCCCCGUCACUGGCAUGUGUCACCCUGUUCGCAGCUGCACUCUGAACCACGAGGACGGGUUCUCCUCCGCCUUUGUUGUGGCCCAUGAGACUGGCCAUGUGCUGGGCAUGGAGCAUGACGGACAGGGAAACCGCUGUGGGGACGAGACGGCCAUGGGCAGUGUCAUGGCCCCCCUGGUGCAGGCCGCCUUCCACCGCUACCACUGGUCCAUGUGCAGUGGUCAGGAGCUGAAGAGAUACAUCCACUCUUACGACUGCCUCUUGGAUGACCCUUUCAAACAUGACUGGCCACCUCUUCCCGAGCUACCCGGCAUCAAUUACUCCAUGGACGAGCAGUGUCGGUUUGAUUUCGGUGUGGGAUACAAAAUCUGCACAUCAUUUCGCACUUAUGACCCCUGCAAGCAGCUGUGGUGCAGUCACCCAGACAACCCCUACUUCUGCAAGACCAAGAAGGGACCUCCUCUGGAUGGAACAGAGUGCGCGCCUGGGAAGUGGUGCUACAAAGGUCACUGCAUGUGGAAGAACGCCAACCAGGUGAAGCAAGACGGAGCCUGGGGCGCGUGGAGUAAAUUUGGCUCCUGCUCGCGGAGCUGCGGCAUGGGCGUCCGCUUCAGAACACGGCAAUGCAACAACCCGGCGCCAGCGUAUGGAGGCCAGGACUGUCCGGGCGUGAACUAUGAGUAUCAGCUCUGCAACACAGACGACUGCCCCAAGCACUUUGAAGACUUCAGGGCUCAACAGUGCCAGCUACGCAACGCACACUUUGAAUUCCAGAACACCAAGCACCACUGGCUGCCCUACGAGCACCCCGACACAAAUAAACGUUGCCACCUGUACUGCCAGUCCAAGGAGACGGGAGAUGUGGCGUAUAUGAAACAACUGGUGCAUGACGGCACGCGCUGCUCCUACAAGGAUCCGUACAGCAUCUGCGUGCGCGGAGAGUGUGUGAAAGUGGGAUGCGACCGGGAAAUUGGCUCCAACAAGGUUGAGGACAAGUGUGGCGUGUGUGGAGGUGACAACUCACACUGUCGAACUGUGAAAGGAACCUUCACUCGCACCCCUAAAAAAGCCGGAAAACAGUUAAGCAAGAGAUGCCAAAAAGAAAUCCCUUUGUUGGAGAACGCAAUAUGGAAGACGAGAGGAGCGUUCUCAUUGCCGAAGGGAGCACGGCACGUGUUCCUGAACGAGAGCGAGGAUUUUAGGAAUGUGCUUGGUUACCUUAAGAUGUUUCUCAUCCCUCCUGGGGCUAGACAUGUGGUCAUUCAAGAACAUGAGGCCUCCCCUCAAAUUCUUGCCAUCAAGAACCAGGCUACAGGGCAUUACAUUCUCAACGGCAAAGGCGAGGAGGCGAGAUCACGGACGUUCAUCGACCUCGGCGUGGAAUGGAACUACAUCAUUGAGGAUGACGUGGAGACGCUGCAUACUGAGGGUCCUCUGCACGAUGCUGUGGUCGUCCUGAUUAUACCCAAGGACAACGAGACAAGGUCCACACUGAUGUACAAAUACAUCAUCCACGAAGACUCUGUGCCUGUCAACAACAACAAUGUCAUUCAGGAGGACACGUACGAGUGGGCCCUGAAGAGUUGGUCCCAGUGUUCAAGACCUUGUGCAGGAGGGUUCCAGUAUACCAAAUAUGGCUGCCGGAAAAAAGGGGAUAACAAGAUGGUUCACCGAAGCUACUGUGAUGUCAGCAAGAAACCCAAGCCAAUUCGGAGGAUGUGUAACCUGCAAGACUGCACGCAGCCUCAAUGGAUUGCGGAGGACUGGGAGCACUGCACCAAAACCUGCGGCAGCCUGGGCUACCAGAUCCGCACCGUGCGCUGCGUGCAGUUCCUCCACGAAGGCACCAACCGCUCCGUACACAGCAAGUACUGCAGUGGGGAGAAGCCUGAGAGCAGGAGGCCCUGUAACAGAGUGCCCUGCGUGGCCCCGUGGAGGACAGGACCCUGGUCUGAGUGUUCGGUGACCUGUGGGGAAGGGGUGUCACGGCGACUGGUGACGUGUCGCAUCGGUGACCAGUGUGGCAGCGAGCGGCCGGAGACGAUUCGGACGUGCAGGCCAGGGCCCUGUCAAGAUGAGCCCUGUGCCGGGGAUAAAUCCAUAUUCUGCCAGAUGGAGGUCCUGGCCCGCUACUGCUCCAUCCCCGGCUACAACAAGCUGUGCUGCGAGUCGUGCAGCAAGCGGAGCGGCACCUCGGCCCCGCUGCUGUCGGAGGGAGAGGAAGAGGUGCGCUUCGGGUCGGCAUCCCAGCUUCUGGAGACCCUGACGGCCAAUGGGAGCCUGGCUGGCCUGGCCGGUCUCCAAGGUCCGAACACGCCGCGUCAGACCUCCUCAUCCUCCUCCAGGGGAACCUCCGCGACCGGACGUUCCUCCCCAAAAACAGCCCCGACACCCCCACCACAGCGGAGAGGUGGGGGCAGCUCUGAGGGCAGCAAGGCAACACGGCAGACCCCGCCUCACGGCAACAAGAGCCAGUCCGCCACGACCACACACGGAGCCGGGAAGAGAGGGAGUGGAAACGCCGUAGCGGUCAGGAGGUCUGACAGUCCCAGCACGGACGUUAGGCGGCUUCCGGUGUUCAGCGAGGUGCAGCGGUGAAGCCGGGUGGCCAGCCUCUCCUGAACUCUUUUUUUGAGUAGAUGUACAGCUUUUUUAACUGCACAAGGCCAUCGCAAGAGAUUAGGAUUGACAGAAAGAGAAAGAGAAAAGAGAGAGAGAGGGAGAGUGAGAGCGAGAGAAAAGUGCUGGUUCACUUUCAGGUCAUAGACCCCAAUCCCACACACACACAGGCCCCCAACUAAAUCCCCCUCACAGAUAUGGUCUAAACGAGUCAUUUUCCCUGCAACAUGAGACAGGUGUGCUAAAAGAUCUCUGGACUGUCUUUUUUCCAAUUACUUGGUCCUCGGCUUGCACAUCAGCUUAACUAAAAGCUGUACUGAGUAGGAAAAUGGCUCUGGUUGUUUAGAACAUUAGACUUAAGUUACUUUGUGUUUACUGGCGCUCACCUAUGUCAUUGACAGAUUUAGAUAUUUAUAAACAUUUCCUGUAAAUACUGUAUAUGUAAAAUGUCAGUAUUAUUUUAAAGAAAACUAAGCUGAGCAUUUUAUACUAACAGCAGUUGAAUAUUUGGUGCUUUUUAUACAUAUGUAAAACAGUUCUCUAUGCAAACAUUUUUGCAAACAUACUGGCAACUAAAUCUGUCACAGUACUGGACAUUACUUCAGUCAAAUGUUC